UAUUCUUGUCUUGCACAGGUUUGUGAAAUUGUAUCUACUAGUAGAGCUGGUUUGGCUGCAAACUCACGCCUUGUAGCUGGAUGUGUCUCACUGUAAGCUCUAAUAAAGCAGCAACAUGGUGAAUAUACAGACAAUAUUUCUAAGAUAUGUGCAAAUUCUCCGCUGAUUAAAUAGAUGGAAGCAUAGAAGAAAGAAAUACAGCUACAUAUGUAGUGUUGGAACACAGGAGACGUUUACUGGAAUUUAUGCAUUGUUCAGGUGAAUAGAAGGUUAAGUGAAAUAGCAAUUGAGGCAAAACAAUGGACACAAAUGAUAAAGAAGACUCCCAGAAGAAAUCAGAGGACGUUGGCCAGAGAAGAUCCCCUUUUGAUUUGUUUUUUAACCCAAGAAAAAAAUCAACAAAAGGCAAAAAUGAAUUAUUCAGUAUGAACAGGUUCUUCAAAGCAUUUGAAAGAGAAACAGAAAAAGCGCCAAAAGAAAAGGAACCGCAGGACUCUCAAGAUAAAACUUCAACUCAUGAUAACCCAGAUGUGGACGUUAAUACCCCUGGAAAAGAAGAAACACAGCUUCCUGGUUUGGAUAUAUCUGGAUGGUGGAAAGUUAAACAGUUUAUGCAGAGAUUUGGGAAAAAAGCAGAGAGUAACUGCAUAAACCUGAAUAAUUGUGGGUUGACUGCUAUGGAUAUGGAAGAACUUGGCACACUUCUAGCUUUUAUUCCUGACACUGAAGAAAUCGACCUUUCUUGGAAUGAUUUAAUUGGCGGAUCCAUACGGUUGUUAACUCCGUACCUCCAACAAGUCGGCAAGUUAAAAAUAUUCAGCUUAAGCAACUGCAGUCUGACCCCUAAUGAUGUCAAUGCUUUAGGAGAAGCACUUGAACAUAUUCCAUUGUUAGAAUCACUAGAUUUGUCAUGGAAUAGUGAUCUUGGAGGGAAUCUGUCCCGACUCACCCAGCACAUAUCAACCCAAUGUGAACUAAAGGCUCUGUAUUUAACAGAAUGCAACGUCAGAGCAGCAGAUGGUAAACCUCUAUCUCAUGCCUUAAAUAAGAUGCCAAAUCUGGAGGUGUUGGAUCUUUCUAUGAACAAAGACAUUGGCAGCAUCAUCAGGACCCUUAUUGAUGAACUGAAAACAAAGUCUUCGUUAAGUGUGCUGAAGUUGCAUGGCACUGGGCUACAACAGGAGACCAUCCAGAGUCUGAGUGAUGUGUUCCACAACUGGCCAUAUUUAAGAAAGCUGGAUCUGUCAUGCAAUAAGGAAGCCGGGGGAGGAUUCAAAGAGGCAGCUGCUCGUCUCACUACUUUCAAACACCUUGAGCUCUUGGACAUUCAUCAGUGCUGCCUGUCUGGAGAUGAUGUUGAUGCUCUGACCCAGGUUGUACCUUUGCUUUCCAAUCUUCAAGUGUUGAAUAUUUCAUCAAAUAAAAUGGUGGGACAUUCCCCGGAGCAUCUUUUCAGCAGACUCAGAUUUUUACCAAAACUCAAAUGUAUAAUCGUCAGCAGCUGCUCCUUAAAGAAAGAAUCCUUUUCUGCAUUGGCUGAAGCCUCCCGUUACCUUGUGGACCUGGAAAUUCUAGAUCUUUCUUGGAAUAAGUGCAUAGGAGGAAACCUGAAACUACUUUUAGAUACACUUAAAACAGCAACUAAGCUCCAGUCACUGAUGUUGAGCAGUUGUGACCUUGUGACUCAAGAUCUGGCAGUUUUAGCAUCUGCAGCACAGGCCGGUUACCUAGACAGCCUCCAGCAUUUGGAUCUUGCCUACAACGACACAAUCGCAGACGAGGGAUGGGCACUUUUCUUUGAAAGCUUAUAUGCUAUCAAUAAUAUCACUGAAUUAGAUGUCAGUCUUCGUCCAGGAUCUACUCGUGACUGUGGCGCAUGGGUUAUCCAUCUCUUAUCCAGCAUGCUAAAACUGCCGAAGCUCAAGGAACUAGGGAUGCAGCGCUGGGUACUCUCAGCAGCAGAACAGCAGCAACUGGAGCGUAUUAAUAAGGAGAGCAUGAUUCAUAUUUAUUUUGAAUGAUAUUAAUUAUAAUGAUUAAUUGCACGUUAUUCCACAGAACAGCACCUUAGACUAUAGAUGUUUAAUAAUUAUGCUGCCAGUCUCCUUCAAAUCAAUAUAUCCCUUACUUUUUCCUUGCUAUGU